AUGCCCUGCAAGCUUGCUAUCACCUCCAUGUCGCUGGGCCGGUGCUACGCCGGCCACUCGUUCAUCAGCAAACUGGAUGCCGCUCACAAGUACGGCUAUCAGGGCAUUGAGCUGUUUCACGAGGACCUCGCCGACCUGGCUGAGCACCUGUCCCGAGAGACCCCGUCUCCCUCCGGCCCCUCAGAGUCAGCCCAGAUCGCCGCAGCUCGCACCAUCCUCCGCAUGUGCAAGGCACGGGGCAUCGAAAUUGUCUGCCUUCAGCCCUUCAGCCACUACGAGGGCUUGCUGGACCGCUCGGAGCACGACCGCCGGCUGGAACAGCUCAAGUUCUGGAUCCAGCUCGCGCACGAGCUCAACACCGACAUUAUCCAAAUUCCCGCCAGCUUUCUGCCUGCCGAGCAGGUGACCGAGGACCUGGAGCUGAUUGUAUCCGACCUGCGCGAGGUGGCCGAUAUGGGCCUCCGCGCGACGCCGCCCAUCCGCUUCGCCUACGAGGGCCUGUGCUGGAGCACCCGCGUCGACACAUGGGAGCGCUGCUGGGAGGUGGUGCAGCGCGUUGAUCGCCCCAACUUUGGAAUGUGCCUGGACACCUUCAACAUUGCCGGCCGCAUCUAUGCCGACCCGGCCGUCGCCUCGGGCCGGACUCAGGACGCCGAUGAGGCGGUACGCAGCUCUAUUGCGCGCUUGAUCGAGCACGUCGACGUUACCAAGGUCUUCUACGUCCAGGUUGUCGACGCCGAGCGGCUCGCGAAACCGCUCGUUCCCGGACACCAAUUCUACAACCCCGAGCAGCCGGCUCGGAUGAGCUGGUCCCGGAACUGCAGGCUUUUCUACGGAGAGACGGACCGUGGCGCUUAUUUGCCUGUCAAGGAGCUCGCCUGUGCGUUCUUUCACGGUAUUGGUUUCGAGGGAUGGGUCAGCCUGGAGCUGUUUAACCGCCGCAUGGCCGACGAAGGAUCCGAUGUGCCCGAGGAGCUCGCCAGGAGAGGAGCAGUCUCAUGGGCCAAGCUUGUUAAGGACAUGAAAUUGGCAGUGGAUAUACCACAGUCGCCGCCGGCCGUGAGGAUCUUUGCAUCGCUGUAG